AAGAAAGAGCCAGUUAGUCUUUAGCCACUUAAGGCAGCAGUUGAAGUACAAUUUGUUUGCCUUUAUCUUUGCUGUUAGUGAGAAGAUUCACUUAUAGAAAAAAAUUAUUAAAUUUAUCAACAACAAAAUUUUCACUACGCGUGUACGUCUUAAAAAGGGAAAAGUCGAGUCUACAACAAAUUAAAUCGCGAUCAACGAACUGUUGAGAUGAACAUUUACCAAAUUGUAGCUGUUAUUUCGUUAGGAGUUUUAGCUCACGGAGCUCCAACUCAAUGCCCGGAAGCUUAUGGAGUUCAAGCUUACGCUCAUCCCGAGAACUGUGAUCAGUUCUUCCUUUGCACGAAUGGAACUUUAACUUUGGAGACAUGUGAGAAUGGAUUGUUGUUCGAUGGUAAAGGCGGAGUUCAUAAUCAUUGCAACUACAAUUGGGCUGUUGAUUGUGCCGAAAGGAAAUACGAUCCAACCGCAAUCUCAUCCCCAGGCUGUGAAUAUCAAUUUGGACUCUAUGAAGAUGGCCCUGAAUGUUCAACAAGUUAUAUCAAGUGCGAAUAUGGCCUUCCAAAUUCACUUGAAUGUGUGAAAGGUUUAGUUUAUGAUGACAGAAUUCACGGAUGUAAUUGGCCUGAUUUAUUGUUGGAAAAGUGCAACCCAGAAGCAGUUGUUGGCUUUAAAUGUCCCGCCAAGGUUGAUCCAAAUUCACCAGCAGCUCGUUUCUGGCCAUUCCCACGUUUUGCUGUUCCUGGUGAUCCCCACAGUCUCUUCCUUUGCAACGAAGGUCACCCGAGAUUGAUUGCAUGUGGUGAAGAUAAACUCUUCGAUCAAAGCACUUUAACUUGUGAAGAUGCUUAAAUUAUCUAAAAGAAUUUCUCGUCCUUUUUCAUUUGUAAAUUAUUAUUUUGUUUCCUUUUUCCUUGACAGUUCUCAUUCUGAAUCACAAACAAUUAAUGUUGAAUCAUUGUCACGUUUACUGAAUAAAACAAAAACAAUCUUUUGAAUAUUUUUCCAAUAAA